UUGGAGUCCUUACUAAAGAUGGCAUUCUUUGGUGGUUGUUCAGUCCAUCGUCAGCUUCAAAACAAUGAGUUGAACAACUUUUGCAUCAAUUGUAAAGUAGCUAUAUGUAAACACUGCAUUUCACCAUCUUCAUCAUCUAAUGUGGGAAUCAGCCAUCAUCAUGGUCAUAGGCUACUAAAGAUUUAUCGGCAUGUGUACACAGAUGUUGUUCCUCUUGAUGAUAUCAGAGCACAUCUUGAUAUCUCCAAAAUACAGACGUACAAAUGCAACAAGAAGUGGAUCAUAUCUUUCAACCCACUUCCGCACAACGGUUCAGGAUCUCAAUGUUCAAAUGUGAGAGGGACUUGUUAUUCUUGCAAACGAAAACUCCAUGAUCCUCAUCUCUAUUGCUUUUGUUGUAUUGCAUGCAAGGUAUUCCCU